GAAGAAAAAUAAAUACUACUAUAAAAAAGAAUAAUAAAAGCGAGAGAAAAGGCAAGGCAGAGUCGAGAGCAGAGGUUGGGGGCCAACCAGAUUGAAGAUUGAAGAUUGGAGAAGAUUGAACUGGACCACCACCACCAGCGUCAGCAGCAGCAGCAGCACCACCCAAAACCAAAGCUUUCGCUUCAAUCUAAACAAAUACUACUAGGGAGUAUUUGAUAAGUGGCUGCAAUGCUUCUUCCGACAUCCCGAUUGACGACGACGACGAUACACGGCCAACACUAAAACCGAUCACCCUGCCUGCCCCCCCUUCCUCGUUCUGGGUCGACAUAUUCUUGCGCAGAUAUUUUUUCUUGCCAUUUCAGGCUCAUCCCAUAAAUCCAACCCUCCCCCAUUCCGGAAUUCACGCGCCCACUCCCAACUUUUGUCUCUUUCUUCUCCUUCCUUCUUUAGGGCUUUCUGAUUUCUGUGGCUCACGAUUGUCCCAUGUAGAUUCCCCUCCCCUUUCAACCUCUUUGCAUUCCUGGUUGCGAUUUGCUUAGAUUGCGAGACUCCUUUGCCCGACCGGACUGGAGAGUUUCAUCUGCACACGAGGGAUGACUUAACAAGAUUUAUGUACCUGCAAUCAUAACAUAAAAUAUAAAAGGGUACAUGCCCUUAGUAGCCAGGCCAGCAAUGCCGACUAUCUUGUUAUGGAUUGUGGAUUUUCUUGUGGUCGAAAAAAUUUUAAUAAAAACUCUUCUUAAUUAGAUGAGAAUAAUUAGGAUAUCAUGGAUGAAGCAAUUGGAGAAGUAGCUGAAAUGGUUGAUGACACACACAUACUACAUAGAGAGAAUGAGUUCUCAGUUAAACCCGGCAGCUCUAACAUACUACCUUCAAAUGAAAUGGUCAUGCCUGGCAUGGAUGUAUAUCCUGAAAUAUCAAAGAAUCCAUAUUCUGACAUGCUAGAUUCAAAAGACAUAGAUAGACUUGGUUCUUCUGAACAUGCGAGUGCCAGUCCUCGUUGCGUGGAUGGUAAUGGUAUCAUGGUUGAAGAAUUGACUCUGAGAAAUUAUGAUGGUGAUAAGAUGGCUAUAGUGGGUACUUCGGGCAAUAGAGAGCGGAUGCAAACUAGGCAAAACCAGUGGCAGAAUUUGUAUCAGAUUGCUGGUGGAUCAGGAAACACCACUCUUCGUGGACAAACUGGGUACAAAGGAAAAGGUCAGGCGACUGGAAAUGCCUGGGAAGAUGGGGACAAAAAUUUGUUUUCUGCUAUAAUCGAACAGAAUCAGCCGGUACAAAAUUACAGUCAUGGUGCUAUCAUGGGCAAUUUACUCAACAAUGAUGAUAAAGGCACUCCAGGUGAUUGUUUGUAUACUUCUACGGGUAUCCGGACAAAAAUUCUGUCGAAGUCGGGGUUUUCGGAGUACUUUAUUAAAAGUACAUUGAGAGGCAAAGGAGUAAUACAUAAAAGCCAAACUCUCAGAGGAUCUGGUGAGUCGUCUUUGGAAUUGGAUCGCCAUAAAUUUGGCAUUGCUGGCUCUACAAAUGCUGUUGCAUCAUAUGGUUUGACUGCAAAGCCUGUUUCACCCCUUUCCGAUGGUUUUCAUGAGCCAUCAAUUACUUUUGCUUCUAAGAGUGUUGCCGACGGCAUAACAUUAAGAGAAUGGAUAGAAGCUGGAGGAAAAAUGGCAAACAAAGUGGAGAAAAUGCGGAUAUUCAGAAAGAUCUUGGAUCUUGUAGAUUUUUCUCAUUCUCGAGGUGUUGUUCUUCAAGGAAUGAAGCCUUCCUGCUUCAAGCUCUCAGUUUCUUAUCAGGUUAUGUAUUUGGGAUCUACUAUUCGUAUUGGGAUCCCUGAAAGUGCCACAAAUCGAGAUACCCAACAAUUAAAUCAUAAUCGGAAUGGGAAAAGGCCAAUGCAUCAAACUAUACUUCCCCUGGACAACCACUCUUCAAAGAAACAGAAAUCCGGGGGAAAUAUGAACUUUCAAAGAUGGCCUCAAUUUCCAUCAAGGUCUGGCGUUCGUACUACAUUUGCAAAUGUAUCCAAAGCAGAUUCUUUUGGUCAUUUGAGUCCCAAUGAUGUAGAAGACGAAGGGAACAAUUCUAAACUGGAAUUGAAGAACCAGAUCAAAUCAUUUGGCCAUAAUGUGCCUGAUUCAUCACAACCAGCAAGGCAGUCUAUGGAUUUUAUGCUGGAAGGAAAAUGGUAUUCCAGUCCGGAGCUGUCAAAUGUGAAGAGCUGCACCUUUGCAUCAAACAUCUAUUGCUUAGGGGUUCUUCUAUUUGAGUUACUUGGCUCAUUUGAUUCUGGAAAAUCUCAUGUUGCUGCAAUGCACGAUUUACGUCAUAGGAUUCUCCCACCUAGUUUCCUGUCAGAGAAUCCCAAGGAAGCUGGGUUUUGUCUUUGGUUACUUCAUCCCGAGCCUUCACUGCGCCCGACAACAAGGGAGAUCCUACAGUCUGAAUUUGUUACUGCAAUUGAAGAAUCACCUGAAGGUGAGCUGCUGUCCUUGAUUGAUGAAGAAGAUGGGGAAUCGGAUUUGCUAUUGUAUUUUCUUUCAUCACUAAAUGAUCAGAAACAAAAGGAUGCAUCCAAACUGGCCGAGCAAAUCCAGCAUAUAGAGGCUGACAUUCAAGAGGUUGAGAAGCGCCGAUUGAAAAACUUGCUUGUUCCAUCUUCCUCCUACCGAGAGUCUCUGCCUGCACGUGGGAUCAGCUUUUCAUCUGGUAGCAACACAGGUGAUAUGGAGAAAAGGUUGAUGGGUAAUAUGAGGCAGCUUGAAAAUGCAUAUUUUUCCAUGAGAUCCAACAUUCAGACACCGAGCGGUGAUCUUGUCACUCGGAGAGAUGGAGAACUGUUGAAAGGCCGUGAUAACUCAGGUACCAUGGAAAAGGAAUCUGCACAUAAUAGCACAGAUGAUUUAGGUGGCUUCUUUGAUGGUUUGUGCAAAUAUGCCCGGUACAGCAGGUUUAGAGUACGGGGGGUAUUGCGCAAUGGAGAAUUCAAUAAUUCUGCAAAUGUGAUAUGCUCCUUGAGUUUUGAUCGGGAUGAAGACUAUUUAGCGUCAGGAGGGGUGUCAAAGAAGAUCCGAAUAUAUGAAUUCCAAUCUCUCUUCAAUGACUCCGUCGACAUUCAUUAUCCUGUGGUUGAGAUGUCAAACAAAUCAAAGCUGAGUUGCAUAUGCUGGAAUAGCUAUAUUAGAAACUACCUUUCUUCGACUGAUUAUGAUGGCGCAGUCAAGCUAUGGGAUGCAUCGACUGGUCAAGAGUUCUCUCAUUUCAGUGAGCAUUCUGAAAGGGCUUGGUCUGUGGAUUUUUCCAGUGUUGAUCCCACAAAGCUGGUCAGUGGGGGUGACGACCGUUUGGUUAAACUGUGGAGCAUCAACCAAAAAAACAGCUUAUGCACAAUCAAGAGCAAUGCAAAUGUUUGCUGCGUCCAGUUCUCUCCUCACUCGGCUCAUUUGCUAGCAUUUAGCUCUGCUGAUUACAGAACAUACUGCUAUGACGUACGCAAAGUUUCGGUACCUUGGUGCGUGUUGGGGGGUCACAAGAAAGCAGUAAGCUUUGCCAAGUUCUUGGAUUCAGGGAGCAUUGUUUCUGCAUCUACGGACAACACGCUGAAGGUAUGGGACCUGAAGCGAACGAGCUCCAACAGUGUGUCGAGAGAUGCUUGCGUGUUGACUCUUAGAGGGCACACUAAUGAGAAGAACUUUGUGGGGCUAUCAGUUGCUGCUGAUGGAUAUAUAACCUGUGGGUCGGAGACGAACGAGGUGUAUGCAUACUACAGGUCGCUGCCAAUGCCAAUCAGCGCGCACAAGUUUGGGUCAGUGGAUCCCAUAACUGGGAAGGAGAGGGAGAGGGAGAGUGAUGUGCAGCAGGGUGGUGGCGAGGACGAGAGCGGGGGCGGGCAGUUCAUCUCCAGUGUGUGCUGGAGGCACAAGUCAAACAUGGUGGUGGCCGCCAAUUCAUCUGGCUGCAUCAAGCUUCUCCAGAUGGUUUGAUCAUCUAUCUCAUUUGAUUUGAUUAUACUACUAUUACUAUUAGAUUAGAUUAGAUUAGAUUAGAUUAUAUUUACUACCAUUGUUAUUGUUAAUAGCAAGCAGCAGCAGCAGCAGUUGAGUAUUAAUUAAUGAUCUCAUUCACAUCAUCAUUCCUGAUAGAUAUAGAUAGAUAGAUAGGUAGAUAGAUAUCCAUCCUUGAGGAUGUGGUGUGAGUGUGGGUGUUGGUGUGGGGUUUCCAUUACAUUUUCGUUUGCCAAUUUUUUUUUUUAUUAUUAUUUCUUUUAUACUUUCUUUUAGAAAAAGAUUUAUAUAUAUCUAUAUGGAUAUAUAUGCCAAGAAAAACAUAUAUGAUGAUGCACUGCACUGGGCUGCACUUGAUGGAGAGAGAAAAAAAAUGUGUGUUGUGCCGUGUUCUCUUCUCUUCUCUUCUCAAAAAAAUGACAGAAGCGGAAGGGAGGGGACACAGCACAACACAACUCGAACUAUAUAUGAAUUUCUCAAGAAGGAAAGGAAGGAAGGAAGGAAGAUCGAUUUCUCAAGAAGGAAAGGAAGGAAGGAAGGAAGGAAGGAAGGAAGAUCGAUUGAUAUCCUUCUCUUAUAUGCAUAUGUAUGAUAUAUGUACGUGUGAGUUGGUUCCGGUUGCGGUUGUUGCGAGUGAUGGUGUUCCCGUCCGGAGGUGUCUGUUUGUUUUCACACCUCAUUUAAUGUUGAAAUUGUUAGUAUAAACAUAUACUCUCUUCCUCCAAUAGUGCUGUUUAUCAUGUCUGUUCGUCUCAAAAUAAUUGUCUUAUUUUUAUAAAUAAUCAUCUCACUGUAAAAUUAUUUUUAUUUUUUCAUUAUUAUUACACAUCAUUACUUUUUA